AUGUACGUCGUCGCCACCUUCUGGGGCGUAGCACUGCUGGUGCCGACUAUACAAGCAGCGAAUACGGUUACCAUCACCGCCGAUACGCAGUAUAAUUCGCAACGCGACUGCGUCAAGCAAUGUCUUGGCUCAGGUGAAGCUACAGGCGACUUUCUGCCAGCACUAGGCUGCACAUCCCCAUACCUCAACACCUGCUUCUGCCGCUCCAGCAAUGCCAACCUUGCCUCUAGCUUCCUUUCUACCUGCAUCGCCACCCAAUGCAAAGAAACUGUCGCCACCUCCCCCGCGCCGGCCCUUUCCCGAGCUCUCUCCCUCUACAACACCUACUGCGCCUCAGCCGGCUUCCCCAUCCCCACCGUGGCCUCCCUUGUCCGCCAUUCCGCCUACCUCGAUCAACCGUCCUGUGUACAGUUGUGUCUCUGGCAUCCGAACCAAGUCACCGACGAUCUGAUGCCGAAUAUGGGCUGUGGCGAGCCUUGGGUUAAUGGCUGUUUGUGCAGUACGGGUUUGGCGACAAAGGCGAGUAGUUUCCUGAGUGCUUGUGUGGCGAGUCGUUGUGGCAAACCUACUACGGGGCCGGAUGUGGGCGCGGCGGUGGGGGCGUUUGAUGGAUAUUGCGGCAAUGUGAGGAGAGAGGAGGGGACGGCGACAGGGAUGGAUGCCGAAGCUGAGAGCAUUACGGGGACAACUGCGACAAGUCCGGGACAGGGGUCGACUGUGGUCGCUACUGAGACGGGUAUUGCGAGCAGCGGUGUGAAUGCAGGACUGUCAGGUGGGACUAUAGCGGGCAUUGUAAUCGGCGCCUGCGCAGGAAUAGUUCUGGUAUUGGUAGUGGGGUUCGUCCUAUUUCGGAGAGCGCGACGGACCAAAACAACCAACGACGCACCGUCGUCUGAACCCGAUGAGAUGAAAACGUACGGUUCCUCAGAGCAGCAGACGCAUUCAUACUACCCCCCAGUACCAAACUCGCUGAUGGAGCUGCCAGAUAUAUCCACGUCGCCGCUGGAAAUGCCUAGCACUCCAGCCAAACGGGCGUCGGCUGUUGAGUUGCAGUGA